AAAAUGCAGCCGAAAUUAAAAGCCGGUGGGGGUUUAUUCUCCUAUUUUAAGACUGAAAAGGGCCGGAAGCUGGUCUUCUAUGCGGCGGGGGCCACCACAGUGGGUCUCUUUGUGGGCAACUUCCUGCCGCACACGUUUGGCCUGAAGUAUUACCGGGAAUUCGUGCAGUGCUACCAACACGGCGUGGAGCGUCCUGUGCCGGAGGCAGUGCAGCAGCGCCUGGAGAAGGCCCUGGAUAAGCUGGGCCUGACGCCCUUUGAGCGCAAGUUCGUGAAGCCCUUCACCGUCUUUGGAUUCGAUUUGUUCCAGGCGGGCACCACCAAGUUGCGAUUCGGCGGCGCCCUCGGGAUUCCCGUCAACUAUGGCUAUGGCAGCACGGAGGAGAUCAAGCGAGCGGACAUUCGCUUCAGGGACCAACAGAUCAACUGGAGCUCUCCGAGCGGCAAGCUCCUGGAACAGGCCAUCGUUCUGAAUGACGAUGAGCAGAUUUUUGGUCUCAGUAAGGCGGUGCUGCAGCUGCAAACGCAUCGGGUGCUGCUCAACUCGAUCUUCCCCAGCGUUAGCUUCUUAAUGGUCUACACCAUUGGUCACUUCCUGAACCUGCGGCUGGAUCUAUUCGCCCGCCAUGGAAGCGUUCGCUUUGUGCUAUACAGCAUUCUGGGUCUGUUUGGCCUGGGCAUCUGGUCCUUUAUGAAGGACUACAACCAGGUGGCCACGGACGCAGAGAUCGACAAGCGGCUGGCCAGCAUGGGUGCUCAGUUUGUGGCCGCCGGAGCCGGUUACUAUGACAAGCAUUUAAAGAAGAACAUUGCGCUGAGGGAUCUGAUUGGCGACGACACCUACACCGCCCUGGGCAACGAGAACUAUAUGCUGCGCCAGAAAUCCAUGCCUCUAACAGCCCGCAAGUCCUUCUUCCUCGAGAAGCUGGAGGAGCUGAAGAAGGCGCAAGAAUCAGAAGCUCAGUAAGCUGGGUUAAUUGUUACGUUUUUAUUGCAAUAAUGAAGAAAAAAAAAUGUUUCCAAUUAUUUUACAAAUACGAGUAUCUUUAUGUGGUUUUAGCCUAUAACAAACAGUGGAUAGUUGUCCUUAG